AUGGGACCAACACCUAAUGAGCCGUCUCGACAGUUCAGGACGGAUGAUGGUAAUUAUUUAAAGCUGUAAUGUGUAAUUUAACUAAAAAUUUAUGUUUAGGUAGCCCUUUAUUCUUUUAUCUUGGUUUAAUGGUUUUUUGACGCAAAAGUUUAUGAAAAGUUAACAUAAUACAGAUAAAAGUAACUAAAUAGGUAACUUUAAGUGUACAAACAAUCUUACUUUUCACUAAUGUUGCUUUUUGAAUGAUAUCAUUAUAGAUUUAAACGAGUUUGAGCAGGAAGGAUGGCAAGUGGGAUUUGAUGUUCAAUUUAAUGGCGUUGGUGCGAUAAACAUAGCCGGGUCGGACGGCGAGUUUACGGACAGUGGUAAGAAGCUGUAAAUUAUGUUAUUUUUUGUGUUUAGAUGCAUAACAUUCAGCCAGCGAGGAUAGGAUAGAUAACGAAGAGAAAAGGAAAACAACAAUAACGUAUUUUUAUUGUUAUAGUGUCUUAAAGCUGUUUUGAAUGAUUAAUGUUGUUUUUAGAUGGCUAUGAAGGACCAGGAGAUUCUGACGAUGAAGCAAGGCGUGAAGGUUACACAACUGUGCCUUCUACUUGGGAAUCAGACGAAGAAGCAGAAGAACAUACUGAAGUUAAGGCAGAAGAAAAGAAUGUAGUAGAUUCAGACAUACCUCAAAGUUCUUCUGCAGACAAUUUAGAAGGAUCUUUAAGGAAAUUGGAUUUUGUUGGAGCUCCAAUUCAAAAGGAGUUUCAGAAGGUAAAUUAUAUGUUAUUUAACUUAGAGAAUAUCACUUUAUCUGCUAAUAAAUGUUUACUAUCUAAACUUUUAUAUAAAAAUUUAGGCUUUGGAGCAAGCAGAAGCAGUUCACUUAAAGGAUUCUGAUUUCAAAGUCAAUUCAAAGUCAAAAGAUUUUCACUUGAGUGAGGAGAAAGUGGACGAGAUAAAGAAUGUGAUGAGUAACUUCACUUUGCCACCAUUACCUAACUGGAAGGAUCAGGAGAUAGACGCUAAAUUAUUAGAGUUGAUCAAGAAAGGCUAA